AUGGUUCCAAGCAGCCACACCACCGAAAUAGAUGAUAACUCUGAGGGUGAAAGCUUCCACAAGUUUUUUGAGGGUUGGAUGGCUGAGCAAAACCAACAUCUGAAGACCCUUUUAGCAGCUGAAUCAUCUCAUCUCACAGAUGAGCAAAUGCAAGCACUGAUUGGAGGGGUUGUUGAGCAUUAUGAGUACUAUUACAAGGCCAAGUCAAGGUGUGCAAAGCAUGAUGUUUUGGCUAUGUUGUCACCAACAUGGAGAAGCUCCUUCGAGGAAGCUUUUCUUUGGAUUGGUGGGUGGAGACCAAGCAUGGCAUUUCACUUGCUAUAUUCCAAGUCUGGUAUGCAAUUUGAGGCCAGGUUUCAUGAACUUAUUCAAGGUCUAAGAACAUAUGAUUUGGGUGAUUUAUCAGCUGCACAACUUGUUCAGUUUGAUGAGAUGCAAAGGAGGACCAUCUUAGAGGAAAGGGAAAUCACUGAUAUGAUGGCAAGGCACCAAGAAACAGUGGCUGAUGCUUCCAUGGUUGACUUGUCUCAUGUGGUUUCAGAGAUGAUUAGAGCCAAUGAAACUUCAGGCGAGGUUUAUGAGAAUAAGGAAAUAGAGGACAAAGUUGAUUCAACUUUGGUACCAAAAGAGGAAGGUUUGGAGAAGAUUUUGUUGAAAGCUGAUGAGUUAAGAUUGAGAACACUUAAAGAUGUUGUUAAUAUUUUGACUCCAAAACAGGCCAUUCAUUUCUUAAUUGCUGCUGCAGAAUUGCACUUGAGGCUGCAUGAAUGGGGCAAAAAGAAGGAUGCUAGAAGAGGGAAUCAAGGUUUUGGUGAGGGUAGAAGGCUUAGUUCAUCAAGUUGA